GCAGCGCCGUCCCCCGGCGAGGCGCGGGGAGCCCCGGCCAUGGGCGAGGAAGGAGCGGCCAAGCUGCGCCUGAAGCCCCGCGCGGCGCCGCCCGGCCCCGGCCCCGGCCCCGGCCCAGAGACACCCCCGCGCCGCCCGACGUCGACUGACAGAUGUCCCUGGUUUGAAAAGGAAGACUUAAAUGAGUGUGAAAAAACCUGGAUUUUGUUACUGAAAGACAUCAGUCGAGAUCUGCACUGCACAAACUGGGACACGGUGCCCAGCCUUCCGGAGUUCUUGGAAAAGGGUGCUGAGGAGGAGAGUCCAGGACACCAGGAAGUCUUCACAGCAGGAAUGAGAGACUUUCCAUGGGUGCCAUUCCCACCUUUUCACAUGGAACAGUGUCUGGACCCCAAGGAUUUCAGCUCCCAGAGCCAGAGCAACGAGUCACGUACAGGGUGGGGCCAAGCAGAUCAGCUUCCCAGUUUAUCACCCACAGCUGAGGACACCUGCAGGGGCACCAGUACAGAGCAAGGCAAAACCACAGCUGGGGAAGGCACAAAAGGCAUUUCCAACCCUGGAGCGAGUCCUGAGCCACGAGAACUCCCUGGACACAGGAGCUCUGCACAGCCCUGGGCACCAGGCUCUGUGAGAGCUUCCAGGCCCCAGCAGCACCUCCCAGGGGCUGCACAGAGCGGUGGGGGAGACAGGAGAGAGAGGGGCAAGGAAGAGCCCCAGCCCCAGGGGAGGUUCCAGCCGGGGAGGACAGAGCUGUGCCUGCAGGGGAGCCUGGAGGGAGCGUUCCUGGGGCCGGGAGCGGCGAGGAGAGGCUGGAAAAGCGGAGUGGAGGAUCUGCAGCUCUCGACAGUUGUCCCAUGUGCCUGACGCAGUUCAGUGGAACGCUCUCCCAGCUGGACAUCGAUGGGCACCUGGCCAGGUGCUUGUCUGAGAGUGCAGAUGAUGUCAUGUGGUAAAUCCAGGAGAAUGGAGAGCAAAGGAACAAGGCCAAGGAUGAACCUCUCUCAAAGGAAAAGGAAAAAUGUGUCAAGGAAGCACAUCCUCGGCUCAAACUUUCGGAUCACAAAGCAGUCAAGUGUCAAGGGUCUUUUUAUUUUAAAUCCUCUCAAAUGCAGGUAAAGUAGUUCUAGUUCUGAAAAUGGUGCUCUGGGGAGACCCCCAGGGAAAUCAGGCCUGGUACUCCUGAAAAAGGGUACUGCUGGAAAUCCCUGGAGCCCCUGCGUGGUCUGAGGCAGCGGAGCGUGGAAGCUCUUGGUGCAGAGGAAACAGCUGCACAAGAGACAUCUGUUACCCUCAUCUGAAAGUUUACUGGUAUUUUUUACUAAACAGGUAAUCUGUAAAAAGAAGUUUAAUUAAAAAGUCACGUGAGCUUAGAAAUUUUCAUGAUAUUCCUAUCUAGGAAGGUGUAGUUGUACAGCUGAUUCUGCGAGUGUACCCAUUUUAAACACCCCCCAACCCAUAUAAAGGGGGUGCAGGUUUCGUGUCUCUGAGGGGGCCCAGCUAAACUCACACCCUUCCUGGGCAGGUUUCUAAGUCAGUAGCAGUUUAAUCAAGUGAUUACCGUGACUGCUCUAAUUAAGCUGCAGAGAGAACACCGGGCCAGCCCCGCUGAACUGCACAGGGAGAAUGGGGCGGUCCCUGAGCCGAGGGCGGGUUCUGUGUCAGUCCCAGCAAGGCUGGGCUGGGACCCCCCGAGCCUGAGGGGCUGAGGGGGCUCAGCUGCUGCUCUGGGGAUGCAGCUGAGCUGAGGCAGGGACAGACAAACAGGGGGGCAGGAGGGGCAGCCAGGAAGGCUCCUCUGCAUUCCACUCCCCUGGGGUCUCUUGCAGACGUUGGACACAGCCCAGGUUACUGAUAAAUAAUAACAGUCUGUUCACUUUCUCAUUAAAGUCUUUAAUAGAUGUGCAAGAAUAUAAAUGAUCUCAGCUGUUAUGGAUUAGUAUACCAUCUUCUGCACAAUUAAAACUGGUCAGCAAAGAUCCCAACUAAUUAAUUAUACAAAACUACAAGAACAUAUUUACUGUUUUACAAUCAUUAAAUUAGCUAGAAUUUCAUUUACUAUUUCAAAUAAGACAACUAUAUAUCAUUACCAGAUCCAUUUGUAAUAUAUUAGGAUUUUUUUUUUCCAAACCACACAUUUAAUUACAUCCUUCAUUUUCUUUUAUUUAUAAAACAAGUACUUUAUAUAAAAAAUUUCCCCUUCAUCAUGAACAGAACAUUAUUCAAACACUUGCACAUGAGCAACCAAACUUGUACCCAGCAAACUAUUUGGCAACACAGCAACAUUGUAAAUGCCUGUAAAUUCUUAAAUAAAAAUCAAGUAGUCUUUACAAUGUUUGUUUAGCAAAA